AUGUCAGCACUGUUCUGGGGUAUUGGAAGUAUGAAAUUAUUACAUAAUAACCUAGAAAACAAUUAUAGAAAUAAAAUUAAAGAACUGGAAGAUCAAGUUUUUGAAUUUGUUGAAAGCUGCAAAAUUUUUGUUGACAGAGAUAUGACAAUGGUCGGUUAUUCUCAGAAUAAAGGAUUAACUCCCAAUAUUGUUUCUACACACUAUGCUCUACUCAUUCUGAUAAUGAUAGACAAGCUAGAUCAAGUUGAUUCAGAUAAAGUUUCGAAAUGGAUAUCUUCACUCCAAAAUAGGGAUGGAUCAUUCAGUUGUGACCAAUAUUUGGAAACUGAUUGUAGAUUUACUUACUGUGCUUUAUCAAGCCUAACCAUUUUAAACAGAAUAAAUGAAAUCAAUAUUGAGAGCGCCCGAUCUUAUAUAUUAAGGUGCUAUAAUUCUGAUGGAGCUUUUGGUGGAAUUCCUUGCUCAGAAUCACAUGCAGCAUACACAUAUUGUUGUGUUGUUUCACUUGCAUUUUUGAAUUCAUUAGAUAUGAUAAAUGUUGACAAGCUUGCUUUUUGGCUAUGUGAAAGGCAACUUCUAUGUGGGGGUUUUAAUGGUAGACCUGAGAAAGCACCAGAUGUUUGUUACUCAUGGUGGAUAUUUUCUUUGCUCUACUUUUUAGGUAGAACAAAUUACAUUGAUAAGCGCUUAUUGGAAGACUACAUUUUUUCUUCUGAGGACAUUUCACAAGGCGGAUUCUCAGAUAGACCUGGAAAUGUGCCAGAUGUAUUUCAUACAUUUUUUGGGAUUUCUGCUCUUUCCUUAAUUAGAUUUGGCACAGUUGUUAAUGCGAUUAGCCCCAUUUUUGCAAUUCCGGUUAAUUCAAUAUCUAAUAAUAGCUAA